UUUCUGUUUAUCUCAAACAUGAUGCCAACGGUGGUCAGCAGUCUUUCUUUCCCACUGAUGGGAAUGGUCCAGGAAAACUUGUGGGAGCUCAAAACAGGGAUGUAUAUCUCUGCUCACACUCACCAUCCUACUUACACUCACCGCUGACAGCCUCCAGGGCCAUUUCAUUUAGAGCUUGCUUUAUGUUCACAAUGCGCACCUCAGGGGACUCAUUCCAAGAGCAGCCCAGGGCAGAUCAGGCCAGACUCCUCAGGACGUUAUUUUGUCCCCAUGACUCUAACCCUGACUGUGACCCUGGAGGAGACGGUGUUGAUGCUCUUGAAGAGUAGAGUCAUCCAAAUGCUGUGUUUGGUUCAGGUCCCAACUAAAACCUUCCUUGAAAACCAAGAUGAGCCAUACUCCAGUUGAACAGUCCGUGAUGGACUUGAUCGUCCUGUUCCACAAAUACACCAAACCUGAUGACAAGAUUGACAAGCCGGGCCUGCUGAAGAUGCUGAAGGAGAAUUUCCCUAACUUCCUCAUGGCUUGUGAAAAAAAAGGCAAAGAUUUCUUGGCACAUAUCUUUGAGGACCAGGACAAGAAUAAUGAUAAGAAGAUUGACUUUUCUGAGUUUCUGUCGGUGUUGGGAAUCAUAGCCACGGACUACCACAAUCACAGCCACGGAGCCCCGCUCUGUUCUGGGGGAGGACACUGAGCCCAGCCCAGGCUGACACCUAAAAGAAACAAUAAAGUGUGUCUUUUGCCCAGA